GAAGACACCACGAUCCACAAAACAUAUCACGGGCUCAGACGAAAUCAUUUGCUAAUACCCACGGCGAGCCAUUAGGCCACACGCUCCUUCGACUCCAAUUACCUCUCUCUGAACCACAACUUGGCCUGUCCAUCUCCUCACUGUCCUCUCUCGUCGGACAAGCCUCGACAAUCAAUAUCAGUGCUUCAGCAACCGCAGAUCCUACUAAGGGGAUUACGUCCAACGUGAGGCUUUCAAGAACAUCAUGGCGCCCAAGAAUCGCAUCAUCAUUGACACCGAUCCAGGCGUCGACGACGUCCUGGCCAUCUUGCUCGCCCUUGCUGCCAGCGCCGACGACCUCGAAGUGCUACUCAUAUCGAUUACCUUUGGCAAUGUCGAUGUUCGCUCCUGCUUACGCAACGUCGUGGCUAUCUUCCACAUCCUGGAGAAGGAAAUUGCAUGGCGCGAGCAAAAGGGUAAACCAGUUGGGUUCGAGGGCCUCACCAAAUUCAAGCCGAUCGUCGCCAUUGGCGCAGAUGAACCGUUGCAAGAUCGCAUCGAGAGCGCCGACUACUUUCAUGGCACUGAUGGACUGGCUGGGACGCACACAAGUCAUCCCCAUUUCUCACCCGAGGAGAGUUGGAACAGGCUGUUUGAGCAGCCUCCACCAGACAGUUUCAUCACCGAGAAGGCCAAGCCUGAAGUCGACCUCGAGGAAGACACCAAUGCAUUCAUCCCUUCUCUCGAGCCUGCACACAAGGAAAUCCUCCGGCUGCUACGGGAGAACGAACCGGAUACGAUCACUCUGAUUGCCAUCGGUCCGCUCACCAACUUUGCCCUCGCCGCAGCCGAAGAUCCAGAGACCUUUUUGAGGUGUAAGGAAGUUGUCACCAUGGGUGGCACAGUCGACGGGAUCGGCAAUGUCACGCCUGUAUCGGAAUUCAACGUUUACGCAGACCCCUAUGCUGCUGCCCGCGUGUAUGCGCUAUCGUCACCCAUCCCAGCGAGCACAAUGCCCAUCGCCACCGAAGGGGAGCGCAGCUUCCACCUGCCGCAAUACCCUGCGCGUUUGUCCAAACAGCUGAAACUCACACUCAUGAGCCUGGACAUUACGGAAUACCACAUGCUCAGCCGUGGCGAGUUCAACACCUUUGCCAAGCCUCAUCUGGAGGUCGGUUCACCGCUCGCGGCGUGGAUGACGGCAUUCAUGACGCCCAUGCUCGAUAAGAUGGAACGGCUGCACAUCGGUCACGAAGGUGAAGGUGCUGCAUUGGCUCUGCAUGAUCCCCUGUGCAUCUGGUACGUUCUAACGCAUGAUGACCCAUCCUGGAAAGCGAGCGCGCGGAGUCCGGAGGAUAUCCGGAUUGAGACCGCAGGACAGUGGACCCGAGGCAUGACAGUGGGCGACAAACGAGCUCGACGGAGGAGGAAUUCGGACGGUGAGGUGCCUCAUGACCGAGGCAACUGGUUGGGCAACAGGAGCGGCAACCGGGUGUACAGGAUGCUCGAGAGUCCUGGGAGGGAGGAAGCCUCCAAAUACCUUAUGAAGGCGAUUUUUGGGGCUUAGGGUAUUUCUCUGUUUGAGACAUGGCUAAGCGAAGACGUGCUGUAGUUUCGGAUCCACGAGAUGAGUGACGAUGGUGGCGACAGAAAGAGGCAGUGAGGAGGACGGUGUAGGAGACGUCAGCUUCUCGUCAAUCGCAGAUGGAGCCCGACUGCAGCGAGCAUUGAAAGUUGCGAGAACAAUCUGGUCGGCUGUUGAUGCUUGAUUGAAUGCCAGACUACGGGACAAUAGAAUGAAUGGCCCUGGACCAAGUUAGAGACCCGAAUGGGGACAGCCAACCUAGUUAGAAGGGAAUAGAUGUGAUCUGAAUGAAUGGCUUUGGA